UUCCGCUUCCCGAGGAACGCUUGGGCUGUUGUACGGGUUCCCUACGGGACUCUGAAGACUGAGGAUAUCCGGCCCGGAGCGUUUGUGCGGCGCGGAGUUAAGCGCCCCGGCAGUAACUUAAGGGAAGUGGACUAGGGUUGCCGCUGCCCAGAGCGGUCCUUUAGUUUCCACUGGAGUGGAGGGGAGAGUGCUGCCAUGGCAGCCCCUGCGCAGCCCAAGAAGAUCGUGGCCCCUACGGUGUCCCAGAUCAAUGCGGAGUUCGUGACCCAGUUAGCAUGUAAAUACUGGGCUCCCCACAUCAAGAAGAAAUCACCUUUUGAUAUAAAGGUUAUUGAAGAUAUAUAUGAAAAAGAGAUUGUCAAAUCAAGGUUUGCUAUUAGAAAGAUAAUGCUCUUGGAAUUUAGCCAGUAUCUUGAAAAUUAUCUCUGGAUGAAUUAUUCUCCUGAGGUAUCCAGCAAGGCCUAUUUAAUGUCAAUCUGCUGUAUGGUGAAUGAGAAGUUUAGAGAAAACGUGCCUGCAUGGGAGAUUUUUAAGAAGAAGCCAGACCACUUCCCAUUCUUUUUUAAACACAUCUUGAAGGCGGCAUUAGCUGAAACUGAUGGUGAAUUUUCACUUCAUGAACAGACAGUCUUACUACUUUUUCUUGAUCAUUGCUUCAAUAGUUUGGAAGUAGACUUGAUACGAAGUCAAGUACAGCAGCUUAUCUCCCUCCCAAUGUGGAUGGGCUUACAGCCGGCACGAUUGGAAUUAGAAUUAAAAAAGACACCUAAGCUAAGAAAAUUCUGGAACUUGAUUAAAAAGAAUGAUGAAAAGAUGGAUCCAGAAGCAAGAGAACAGGCAUAUCAAGAGAGGAGAUUUCUUUCACAACUCAUCCAGAAGUUUAUCUCUGUGCUGAAAUCAGUCCCACUGUCUGAACCUGUCACUAUGGACAAAGUUCAUUACUGUGAAAGAUUCAUUGAACUUAUGAUUGAUCUAGAGGCCCUGCUACCCACAAGGCGCUGGUUUAAUACCAUCCUGGAUGACUCCCACCUUCUGGUUCACUGUUACCUUUCCAAUCUUGUUCGUAGAGAAGAGGAUGGCCAUCUUUUUUCCCAGCUUUUGGACAUGCUUAAAUUCUAUACUGGUUUUGAAAUUAAUGACCAAACUGGAAAUGCUCUGACAGAGAAUGAGAUGACCACAAUUCACUAUGAUAGAAUUACUUCUCUACAGCUUACCCUAUGUUGGUUGAGAGUGCUACCCUGUGAGGUCUUUUCCCAGAGUUCCAAACAAAAGCAAGGCACAAUCAUAAGGUUUUUGGUCUCUCCUUCAAGUUCUCUGCAGCCAGAGUUUCCCUUGGGACUUUCUUUUAGUCUUGUUCGACCAGUUCUUGAUAAUCAAAGAGCUGCUUUUGCACAUUUUCCUGAACUCUAUGAUUUUGCCCUCUCAAAUGUGGCAGAAGUAGAUACUCGGGAGUCCUUGGUCAAGUUUUUUGGACCUCUUAGUUCUCUAUUCUGCAGUUCAAACACUCUCCACCAGGUGGCAUCAUACCUCUGCUUGUUGCCAACUCUUCCCAAAAAUGAAGACACAACUUUUGAUAAAGAAUUUCUUCUAGAAUUGCUGGUAUCUCGUCAUGAACGUCGAAUUUCUCAGAUUCAGCAGUUGAACCAGAUGCCUUUGUAUCCAACUGAGAAAAUUAUAUGGGAUGAAAAUAUUGUCCCAACUGAGUACUAUUCUGGAGAAGGUUGUCUUGCUCUUCCCAAAUUGAAUUUGCAGUUUUUGACUCUUCAUGACUACCUGCUAAGGAACUUUAACCUCUUCCGCUUAGAAUCAACUUAUGAAAUUCGUCAGGACAUUGAAGAUAGUGUCAGCAGAAUGAAGCCAUGGCAAUCUGAAUAUGGCGGUGUAGUGUUUGGUGGUUGGGCACGAAUGGCCCAGCCCAUUGUGGCUUUCACUGUCGUUGAAGUGGCCAAACCCAACAUAGGUGAAAACUGGCCAACCCGAGUUCGUGCAGAUGUUACCAUAAAUCUCAAUGUCAGAGAUCACAUCAAGGAUGAAUGGGAAGGUCUUCGUAAGCAUGAUGUAUGCUUUUUAAUUACCGUACGUCCCACAAAACCUUAUGGCACUAAGUUUGACCGGAGGAGACCUUUUAUUGAGCAGGUUGGCCUGGUUUAUGUCAGAGGCUGUGAAAUUCAGGGCAUGCUGGAUGAUAAAGGACGUGUCAUUGAAGAUGGACCUGAACCCAGACCCAAUCUUAGAGGAGAAUCAAGGACAUUUAGAGUGUUUUUGGAUCCAAACCAGUAUCAACAAGAUAUGACCAAUACUAUACAAAAUGGAGCAGAGGAUGUGUAUGAAACUUUUAAUAUAAUAAUGAGGAGAAAACCAAAGGAAAAUAACUUUAAGGCUGUGCUGGAGACUAUUCGGAACCUGAUGAAUACUGAUUGUGUGGUACCUGACUGGCUGCACGAUAUCAUUUUAGGUUAUGGGGACCCAAGUAGUGCACAUUAUUCGAAAAUGCCCAAUCAGAUUGCCACCCUUGAUUUCAAUGAUACAUUUCUCUCCAUUGAGCAUUUAAAAGCCAGCUUCCCUGGUCAUAAUGUUAAAGUAACUGUAGAAGACCCUGCUCUACAAAUACCCCCUUUCAGGAUAACUUUUCCAGUAAGAAGUGGAAAAGGGAAGAAAAGGAAAGAUGCGGAUGUGGAAGAUGAAGACACCGAGGAAGCAAAAACCUUAACUGUUGAGCCCCAUGUUAUUCCUAAUAGGGGUCCUUAUCCUUAUAAUCAACCCAAACGUAAUACGAUUCAGUUCACUCAUACACAGAUAGAAGCCAUCCGUGCUGGAAUGCAGCCUGGGCUGACUAUGGUUGUGGGCCCACCUGGUACAGGCAAAACAGAUGUGGCAGUUCAGAUCAUAUCCAACAUCUACCACAACUUCCCAGAACAGAGGACUCUAAUUGUUACUCAUUCCAAUCAGGCCCUAAACCAGUUGUUUGAGAAAAUCAUGGCAUUAGACAUUGAUGAGCGCCACCUACUGCGUCUUGGUCAUGGAGAAGAAGAGCUGGAGACAGAGAAAGAUUUCAGCAGGUAUGGAAGAGUUAAUUAUGUUCUGGCUCGAAGAAUAGAACUUUUAGAAGAAGUCAAACGAUUGCAAAAGAGUCUAGGGGUUCCAGGAGAUGCCUCAUAUACCUGUGAAACUGCAGGCUAUUUCUUCUUAUACCAGGUAAUGUCUCGCUGGGAAGAGUAUAUCAGCAAAGUGAAAAAUAAAGGUAGUACAUUGCCAGAUGUUACGGAAGUCUCCACUUUCUUCCCUUUCCAUGAAUACUUUGCAAAUGCUCCUCAACCCAUUUUUAAAGGAAGAUCUUAUGAAGAAGACAUGGAAAUUGCUGAAGGAUGUUUCAGGCAUAUUAAGAAAAUCUUUACGCAGCUUGAGGAAUUCAGAGCCUCUGAAUUGCUUCGAAGUGGACUGGACAGAUCUAAAUACCUUUUAGUGAAAGAAGCCAAAAUUAUUGCUAUGACCUGUACUCAUGCUGCCUUAAAACGACAUGACUUGGUCAAGCUAGGUUUCAAGUAUGACAACAUUUUGAUGGAAGAGGCUGCUCAGAUUCUGGAGAUAGAAACUUUUAUCCCUCUUCUUCUACAGAAUCCUCAGGAUGGAUUUAGCCGACUAAAACGAUGGAUUAUGAUUGGCGAUCAUCACCAGUUACCUCCAGUUAUUAAGAACAUGGCCUUUCAAAAGUACUCAAACAUGGAGCAGUCUCUCUUCACUCGCUUUGUUCGCGUUGGAGUUCCGACUGUUGACCUUGAUGCUCAAGGGAGAGCCAGAGCAAGCUUGUGCAACCUCUACAACUGGCGAUACAAGAAUCUAGGAAACUUACCCCAUGUGCAGCUCUUGCCAGAGUUUAGUACAGCAAAUGCUGGCUUACUGUAUGACUUCCAGCUCAUUAAUGUUGAAGAUUUUCAAGGAGUGGGAGAAUCUGAACCUAAUCCUUACUUCUAUCAGAAUCUUGGAGAGGCAGAAUAUGUAGUAGCACUUUUUAUGUACAUGUGUUUACUUGGUUACCCUGCUGACAAAAUCAGUAUUCUAACAACAUAUAAUGGCCAAAAGCAUCUUAUUCGCGACAUCAUCAAUAGACGAUGUGGAAACAAUCCAUUGAUUGGAAGACCAAACAAGCUUUAUGCAAGAUAGCUUCAAACUAGAAACAGGCCAACUUUUCAUGAAAAGAUGAGUGGACAAAACUGUGGUAUAUUCGUUCAGUGAAAGAAUACUCAAAAAGGUAUGAAUUUCUCAUGUACACAUACGUGAAUAUAUCUCAGAAACAUGCUGAUGGAAAGAAACAGGACACAAAAGAAUAUAUCCUUUUGAUGCUAUUUUUAUGUAAUUCUAGAACUGGCAAAAAAUAAUCUGUAGUGACAGAAAGUAAAUCAGUGGUUGCCUGGGGCUGGGGGAUGCAGAUUUGACCAAAAUGGGGCCUGAGAUGAUGGACAUUUUUAUUGUGGUGGUGGUCACAUGGGAAAAUGUAUUGUCAAAAUUCAUCAAAUUGUACACUUGAACACAUUUUAUUGUGUAUAAACUAUACCUCCAUGUAGUUGACUUAAAAAGUGUUUUGUAAACUUCCUAAAGAUAGACUAUAAAUUACAGUAUCUGCAGGGUAAGCAAUAAACUUUUUGUCAAAUUGAUGAAAAGAUAAAUGUCUGAGUUGCCAGUAUUAGUGACUGAAACCUUUCUGAACUUCCCUAUUUGUACAUACACUUUUUUUCUUUCUUUCUUUCUUUUUUUUUUUUAAACAGGGCCUUACUCUGUUACCCAGGCUGGAGUGUAGUGUCAUGAUCUCAACUCACUGCAACCUCCACCUCCUGGGCUCAAGCAAUCCUCCCAACAUAGCCUUCUGAGUAGCUGGAACUACAGGCACGCGCCACCAUGCCCAGCUAAUUUUUGUAUAAUUUGUGGAGAUGGGAUUUCACCGCAUUGCCCAGGCUGGUCUUUAACUCCUGGGCUCAAGCAAUCUGCCCACGUUGGCCUCCCAUGUACAUAUAUUUUCAAACUGAACAGAAAGUGCAAUGAAGAUUAUUUGUUUUUUUUCUUUGAUGGAGGAAUGCUGUAGACAUUUACUAGUGAUACGUUAAGUAAUAAAUAAGCAUACUAAGUUAUAUUGCUGAGCAUCAAACUGGGAUACCAGUUAAUAAGCUAGACAUAGUCCCUGCUUUCAUGAAGUUUUGCAAUCUAAUGGGGGAAGACUGUUAAUUCCAAAAAUAGUUAUUUAGUUAUCAGCAAAGGUAAAGACAAGUGCUGUAAGUGUGAAUAACAUAAGGAUGUAGUUUGAUCUGAUUAGUAUGGUUUCUUUAAUAAUGUUCAUUAACUUGUUCUUGGAAUUCCAAGCCUAUGAUUAUGUUUCUUUUGGGAUUGAUUAAGGAUAAGAUGUUUGUUUCUAGCACAUUAUUUAAAUGAUCUCUAGUGUCUUUUGG